AUGAGAGUGGAUGUGAACACUGGGAUUUUCCGGUGUACUGUCUGUGGAGAGCAGGUGAAUCAGGCCAACAGAAGUGAUAUCAAUGAACACCCAACUCUAAAAGUUCUGGUCUGCAAGAAAUGUUUGGAGUAUUAUGGAGAUGGGGCCUUGUCCCAAGAUGAGGACAGAACUGCCAAGUAUUGCAGAUGGUGUGCAGAUGGUGGUGAUUUGAUACUCUGCACUACCUGCCCUAAUGGAUUCUGCAUGAAAUGUUUGAAACGUAACCUGGGUCGGACAAUGCUGCAAAAGUUCCGCACAGCUGAAGAAUGGAAGUGCUUGGUUUGUGAGCCAUAUCCACUCAAGGAGCUCCAUGCCAUGUUAUGUCUCAUUCAAGAAUACCAUCAAUUUCACACAAAACGACUUGGGAAGGGGAUGAAGAAAUUUCGGCCAGGUUUCAAGCAGACCCUAAAGAAGCUUCAAGAAUUGCGGGCUGAGAAAAAGAAGAAAGGUUUUACUGAUGAAAUGGUUGAGGAGUCCUACCACAAUGUGGAAAGGUGCAUGACCUCAUAUGGCAAAGAUGCCACCCGUAUCUAUUUGAAAUGGCAGGACUCAGAUCAUGGAAAGGAGGCAACUGCCAGCACUCUGAAAAAACUCCAAAUGCUUCUUGACAUCACAAGGAAAAACUUAGAUAGGGUUGGGCAGGAACUAGAAAGGACCCUUGUGAAGUGUGAACCUGAUGCUCUUCAACUCUUCAAUGCUAUGAAUUUACCAAAUGGUAUUGUAGAAGAAAGUAGUUCAACUUCACUGAGUGAUUCUUCUGAAGAGGGGAGGAAGAGGAAGAAGAGAAAGAAGAAGGUGAUGAAAAAGGAAGAUGGAAAAUCAAAGAAAGUGGAAAAGGUUAAAUCUGGCAGAAAGGAAGUUCUAGACAAGGGUUCUGAGAAGCAGACUGUGUCUGAUGGUGAGGAGAUGAUAACUGGUGGCAAUUCUGAGGAAAGAGGACAGAGAGAGCCUCAUGUUGAAAGUGUGACAGUGAAGGCAGAACCAUUGAAUAUUGAAGCUGAGGACUGUUUUGUUCAGAGUCCCACAACAAUAAUACCAGAUUCCUUGGAAUUGCUUCCAGGUGUAGAGGAUGCAACGAACUCAGUCAUCUCCAGGAUUCCUGACACUGAGGAAGAUCAGGUAGGUCAGGUCACCAUGGAUAUUAUGAAAGGUGAAGAUGAUGACCAGGGCACCACCCAAAGCAUGAUGGAAAUUGAUGCUGAGCUCAUCUCCCAGGAUUCAGAGGAAACUGAAGAUGGAGAAUCAGGUCCCACUCAGAGCAUCAAUUUUGACUGUGAAGUCAUCUUCCAUGACUCAGAUGAAGAGCUGAGAAUGAAAGAAAUGGCUCAGGAACCAUGUGAGAUGGAAAAUGUGGGAUCACUGGAUCUUUCUGAAAAGCAUCCUGAUGUUUCUGAUGAGGAGAGAUGGCAGACAAUGACUGCUAGGAAAGCAUUGGAAGACAUCUUGGCUGAUUCUAAUGAAGCAGACAUUGGGGAGAGCAAGAUGCAGAAGAGGAGGAAGAAAAUGGUGCGAACCAAAGGGAAUAAACAGGAAAUUGAGUUAAAUUGUGAGAAAUGGGAUGACAUGGAAAUGGAACCGAGCGGCAAAGAGGAUGAAGGAGAGACAAAGGAAAGUGAGAAAUCAAAAGAAAAAUCAGAAAAGAAGGAGGAGGAAAUAUCAGGGGAGAAAUUGGUAUCCCAGGAGCAUGAAAGCAGAGAAGACCUUGGGAGGAGGGAUUCCACUUCGACAUUUUCCUCUGAUGAUGAAGAUUCAGACUCUGACACAUCCUUCCUGAAAGUCAAACUGAAAAAGAAGAAGAAAAGGAAAUCUACAGAGUCUCGAACAAAGAAGCAGCUUUCCUCAGAGGUCCAAGUCAUGCUGAAACGACUCCCACACAGAGUUUUCCAGGAUGAUCCUAUUCUUGCAUCUGACUACAUUACUGAUGAAGAGCAAAAGAAGAAACAGUCACCUUCUUUGAAACAGAGAAUGAAAACGCUUCUCAAGUCGGUCACUGUUGAAAAGAAAGUAUUGGAAGAUGAAGAUGAUGAAGGCAUUGAGGAAGAUCAGGGAAAGCAGAGGAAAAAGGGUUCAAGGGGAAAGAAAAAAUCACUGAAGAAAGACAGGGAGAGUGGAGAUGGCUGGAGUAGUGAUUUGGAUGAAGAUGAUGCUGAUGCUGGCAUUGAUGUCAAGACACUGGAUGGAGUGCUCAUGCAAGGCUUUCAAGGGCCACAGGUGUUUAAGGAGCAGCUUUCACUCACUGAGGUGAAUCGGAAGAUUCUCAAUGAUCUCCUGAAGAGCUCUGACAAUUCAGACACAGAAUCUGAAGGUGAGCAAGAGGGAAAGAAGGUGCAAAAGAAGAAAGUGGGACUCGAGGGGGACAAAAUGGGGAAAGAUGAUGAAGUACCAGUGGAAAUCAAAGAAGAAGCACCAGUGGGUGUCAAGGAAGAAGCUAUUGAGGUGGACAAUGAAAAUGUGAAGGAGGAAAGUCUCCAGAGGAAACACAAAUUCAAGAAAGAGAAAUCAGCAGCUGUUAGAGAAGCAUUACACUUAUUGCGAAUUAAGUUUAGUGACACAGACACAAGUGAGGAGGAGAAGAAAUGCCAGAAAUUAGAAAAAGCCCGGGAGAAGAAGAAACAGGAUUAUGAAGGCAGCUUCUUCAGUCCUGGAAGGAAAAGGAAACAGCAGAUUUUGGACUCUAGUGAUCCAGAUUCAGGGAGUGAUAAGUCACAUGAACCAAAAGCAAAAAGAAAGAAGGCCAUUGAGGAAAGUGAUGACUCCAGCAUCCAGUUGGCCUCUCCCUCCCCAGUAGCAGACUCUGAUGAAGAGGACAAUGAUGUCACUGAAAUUGUAUCCAGUCAGAGCAAUGACUCCCCAAGCAAGGAUCGUAGGAAAAAUAUCCACAAGAUUCUUAAAGAUUCCCAAUUGAAGGUGACGACCCAGGAUGCCAACCGGGAGGAAAGAGAGCGUUUGGCAAGAAUUUCUGAGAAACAAAAACUUUUCAAUGAGGUGAUGCUACAGGAGCUUGAGGAAGUAGUAAAUUCAUCACAGGAGAAGGGAGAUCUCAUCCUCGACUUUGAUCGAGAGACCAAGGAGUCCCUAGUUGAAGUGCAUUCAAAACUGGUACAGAAGCUCAAGCCACACCAGCGAGAGGGCAUCCAAUUUAUGUUUGACGCCUGCAUUGAGUCUGUGAAGCGAAAGAAUCAGGAGGGUGUCCAUGGUGGGGGGUGCAUCUUGGGCCAUUGUAUGGGCUUGGGCAAGACACUGCAGAAAGGACCUGUACGACCCGCCGGCGGGUCGUAUGACCCAGGAGAAGAGAGAACGUACGACCUGCCGGUUGUUGCCUUCCUCCAUACUGUCCUCACAUGUGAGGCACUUGGUUUCAAGACUGCUCUUGUGCUAUGCCCAUACAACACGGUUCUCAAUUGGGACCAAGAAUUCAAAAUGUGGCUGGAACGGCAAGGCCUCAAUGAAUUUGACAUCUUCAACAUUGCCAACAGCCAAUGUCUUAAAUAUGGUCAUAGUGAAAAGAAUGCUGACAUGCGCAUGUAUCAUGUGAGACGAUGGCAUCAAGAUGGUGGGGUCAUGAUCAUGGGAUAUGACAAGUUCCGACUCCUUGCGAACCCCAACAACAAGAAAUUGAAGGAACGGCAUCGAAAGCUGUACAAAGAUGCUUUUAUGGACCCUGGCCCUGAUCUAGUGGUAUGUGAUGAAGGGCAUAUCUUGAAGAAUGAGAAGAGUCUCAAUUUCCGCAUCCUGAGCCAGAUUAAGACACGGCGACGCAUUGUCCUCACUGGGACGCCCCUGCAGAACAACCUGAAAGAGUAUCAUUGUAUGAUCCAGUUUGUGAAGCCGAAUCUCCUGGGCACAAUGAGGGAAUUCACCAACCGCUUCAUGAACCCAAUCGAGAAUGGACAGCAUAGUGAUUCCACAGAGGCUGAUGUGAACAUCAUGAGGCGCCGGGCCCAUGUCCUUCAUGAUCUCCUCAAAGGCUGUGUCCAGAGAAAAGACUAUGGGGAGCUGGCACAGUUCCUGCCUCCUAAGCUGGAAUAUGUUGUGAGUGUACGGUUGAGCCCUAUCCAGAUUGCCCUCUACCAGCAUUACUUGGAAAAUAACAGCCGGUUCCGGGCAAGGCAGAGAGGGGGUGGGACAUCUCUCUUCUCUGACUUCCAGAGAAUGUGGGAGGAUGAUGGUGAUGAUGAACAGGGAUCCCUGAAGGAUUUUGUGGUGUCAGAUGAAGACUCAGAUUCAUCUUCUUCCAGUACCCAAUCCUCAGCUACUUCUAGAGAAAACACACCUGAAGAUGAUGACAUCCAAAUCCUCAAUGAGCCAAAUGGUGAAGAGGAGGAAGUUGCAAAAAAUAGUCAAAAUGAGGAGAAGAAAGAGGAAGAGGAAGAUCAGUCAUUAUGGUGGGAGAAGAUCAUUAAGGAAUCAGGUUUGGAUGUGGAGUCAUUUGCUCUCAGUGGGAAGAUGAUGCUUCUUGCUGACAUCCUUCGUUCCUGCGAGAUUAUUGGGGACAAAGUCUUGGUCUUCACACAGAGUCUUCUCUGUCUUGACUUGGUGGAGCAGCUUCUUCAGUUUCUUGAUUCACACCGGGUUGAACCCUCUUUGGUGCUCCAACCUGAGAUAGACCUAGAAAAAGCAGCAGAAAUCCCUCAUGAAACUGAAACAGUUGCUGCUAAAGAAGGAGAGCAGGAUGAAGAAAAUGAUCUGCUUGAGUGGACUGGAGGAUCCUGGGUGCAAGGUGCAGACUACUUUCGCAUUGAUGGCACCACACCUGUUGAUACCCGGAAGCGCAUCACUGCUGUCAUCAAUGAUGCCAAAAACUAUAGGGCACGAUUGUUGCUGGUAUCAACAAAGGCAGGUGGGCUUGGUAUCAACUUGGUGGGUGCAAAUCGGGUUGUUAUCCUGGAUGCCUCAUGGAACCCUUCCCAUGAUGUCCAAGCCCUCUUCCGUGUCUAUCGAUUUGGGCAACAGAAACCAGUCUACAUAUACCGCUUCUUUGCCAAGGUUCUCUGUCUCCCUCCUAAUCAUCCUCUGGUUCAGCUGAGUGUUGACAGCUUCGAUGACAUUGUCGAUGGUCUUGAAGACUUUUCCUCGCAAAGGUUGUUUGACUUUUGA